AAGAAAAUAAAGCAACUGGGACAACAUGAAGGGAAGAGGGUGUGUAGGUGGUGUUGGGGGGUGGGGAGCGGGGCUAUGAACUGGGAAUAAGGUUGAAAACAAAGUCCACUUACUCUGGCCAAGCCUCCUGUCAGAAGCAGGUAUGACCAGACAGAUCACAUCUUUCUCUCUAUACUCACUGCUCUGCUCAGCCUGGCCUCAGUCCAUCACCACACCUCCAGCAGCAGUGGGGAGAGCCAGGGAGUCCCUCCCACUCUCUGUGUCACACAGUUUCAGAGAAAACAAAACUUAACGCUGUCUAUUUCAAAGAAACUAGUCUGUCUGUGUCAGUGUGAGCAGAAACAUAGCAGUGUUAGCCCAGUAUCGAGGCGGGUCUGCUCAGAACGAGGAAAUAUCUCCUGCUCUUUCUCACACAGAUUCAGAGAAAAAAUACAUUUUUCUCUGUCACUUUGAGCAGUUAAAUGGCUGAAGGUGGAGGUUUACUGGAUCAGGACCAGUUCAGCUGUUCAAUCUGUCUGGAUCUACUGAAGGAUCCGGUGACCAUUCCCUGUGGACACAGUUACUGUAUGGGCUGUGUUAAGGGCUGCUGGGAUCAGGAUGAUCAUACUGGUGUCUACAGCUGUCCCCAGUGCAGACAGACCUUCACGCCAAGACCUGUUCUUUGCAAAAACACCAUGCUGGCUGAAGUGGUGGAGAAACUGAAGAAAACAGGAUUCAAAGCUGUUCCUCCUGCUCAUUUCUAUGCUGGACCUGGAGACGUGGCGUGUGAUGUCUGCACUGGGAGAAAGCACAAAGCCAUCAAGUCCUGUCUGGUGUGUCUGGCCUCUUACUGUGAAAGUCACCUCAAACUUCAUGAUGAACUAAACCCAGGAAAGAGACACAAAUUGAUAGAUGCCUCUGGAAACCUGCAGGAGAAGAUCUGCUCUCAUCAUGACAAACUGCUAGAGAUUUACUGUCAUACAGAUAAGCAGUUUCUCUGCUAUUUGUGCACAGGUGAGGAUCACAGAGGCCAUAAAACAGUUUCAGUUGCAACAGCAAGAGCAGAGAAACAGAAGCAGCUGGGGGCGACACAGAGUAAAUUCCAGCAGAGAAUCCAGGAGAGAGAGAAGGAGCUGCAGGAUCUGAGACAGGCUGUGCAGUCACUCAAGAGCUCUGCACAGGCAGCAGUGGAGGACAGUGAGAGGAUCUUUACUGAGAUGAUCCGCUCCAUUGAGAGAAGGUGCUCUGAGGUGAAAGAGCUGAUCAGAGAUCAGGAGAAGGCUGAAGUGAGUCGGGCUGAAGGACUCCUGGAGCGACUGGAGCAGGAGAUUGCUGAGCUGAGGAGGAGAGAUGCUGAACUGGAGCAGCUUUCACACACAGAGGAUCACAUCCAUUUCCUCCAGAGCUCUAAGUCUCUCUGUGUCCCUCCUGGACCUGGAGACGUACCCAUCACUGUCAGUCCACACAUCUCCUUUGAGGCUGUGAGGAAAUGUGUCUCUGAGCUGAAAGAGCGACUGGAGGACGUCUGCAAGGGGGAAAUGUCUCAGAUCUCCAGGGCAGACAGCGCAGUGGAUGUUCAUGGCUGCUUUACUGAAGGGGAGACCUGUCCCCUCUGCAUGGAGCCCUUUCAGAAGAAGCAGAGGCUGAUGUGUACUCAUGCCAUCUGUGCAGCCUGUCUGGAGAGAUCUGUAGAAAGACUGGGUCUCCAGUGUCCAGUGUGUCAACAAGCACUCAGAGUGCUGGGAGACCAGCCAGAGGGACAGAUGACAUGGAAAGCUUCGUUGUUCUCUGAGUAUUUAGUGAUUACCUACAAUAUUCCUGAUGGAAUACAGACAGGUUUCAUGCUGUCCGUGAGUUUUUAGACACACAAGACGCAUGGGUCUCUCCUCCUCUCCCACUACAUUAACAGUGAAUCCGAGAACUAGAUAUGCCUCGUCAUAUUUUCUAGACUUUUCUAGACUUUGACUUUGACUUUGACUUUACUCCUGACUGGGUUGUCUGUUUUGAAACCUCAUCUGCUUCUCUUUUCCCUGUUAAAUACUUGACCAUCUUCCAUCGAUCUUACGUUACACUUGUCUGUUUCUGCUCCACAAAUCAUGUUAAAAAUGUUCUGCAGUACGAUGAAUGGAGCUCACAGCAAUAUAAAUAUAUGACUGUAAGUAGCCUAUUCAUGAUAUUAGGACUCUUCCCCCUCACACUAGUACAAUGUCAGAUCUGUACAUCACAUGAUAACAAAGUAAAAACAAGACAAAUAUUGUGUAAAUACAAUAUUCCCAGUGGAAUACAGAUGGUAAGAAAACGCUGUUUGUGAAAUAAUUCUUAAUAAGGGGAAAAAUAACAUUUUACAGCUGUAUCACUGCAAAUAUAUUUCAUCAUUUUGUUUCCAAACAUUUAGUUGCAUUCUAUUGGCUAGCCAAUAGAGUGUAGUGCUCCAACAUGCUUUUGGUGUGUUUUAUUGAUAUUGUUUUUUUGUUUGUUUUUUUAUUGAUAUUUGUUCCUUGUCAGUUAUAAAUACAGUACUGUGCAAAAGUCUUAGGCACCUGUAUUACAUUCUGUACAGAUAAGAUUCUUUCAAAAAGAAUUAAAUGAAAGGUCCUAAAUAAACGUACUAUGCAUUUUACAUUACAUUUUAGUCAUUUGGCAGAAUAGGUAAAAACGGAAUCAAAUCAAUAUUUUUUGUGACCACCCUUUGGCGUUAAAACUGCAUCACUUCUCUGAGAUGGCCAACGCUGUCCUGCAGUUCUAUAAGACAAUCAGCAGGGAGGUUGUUCCAAGCAUGUUGGAGAACACAGUUCUUCUGCAGACUUUUGAUGGCUCCUUGCUUCUCUCAAGUUUUCAUAUAAAAAGUUGUCAAUGUCAAAUAUGUUCUUUUAUACUAACACAUACAAAAAAAAAAGCAUAUAUAUAUAAAUAUAAUAAAUAUAUAUACAGUGGUGUGAAAAACUUGGGUUCUGCAGCAGGACAAUGAUCCAAAACACACCAGCAAGUCCACCUCUGAAUGGCUGAAGAAAAACAAAAUGAAGACUUUGGAAUGGCCUAGUCAAAGUCCUGACCUGAAUCCUAUUGAGAUGCUGUGGCAUGACCUUAAAAAGGCGGUUCAAGCUCGAAAACCCUCCAAUGUGGCUGAAUUACAACAAUUCUGCAAAGAUGAGUGGGCCAAAAUUCCUCCACAGCGCUGUAAGUGACUCAUUGCAAGUUAUCGCAAACGCUUGAUUGCAGUUGUUGCUGCUAAGGGUGGCCCAACCAGUUAUUAGGUUUAGGGGGCAAUCACUU